AUGAAAGUGAGCGUGUGCAGCGGGGCCUGGAGCGUGGAACAGGAUGGUCCAGACAGAGGCUUAUUGGCAGCACAGAGACAGUCUGUCCUCCUCUACUCGUUUAGGCUCAUUCUCUCCAUUUCCUGCCCAUUGAUUAGAUCUCGGAUGCGUCAGGAAGACUUCCCUCCUCGGAUCAUGGAGCACCCGUCGGACCUGAUCGUGUCCAAGGGAGAGCCGGCCACCCUCAACUGUAAGGCGGAGGGCAGGCCCACCCCCACCGUGGAGUGGUACAAGGACGGCGAGCGCGUGGAGACGGAUAAGGACGACCAGCGCUCCCACCGCAUGCUGCUGCAGGGCGGAUCCCUCUUCUUCCUCCGGAUCGUGCACGGGCGCAGGAGCAAGCCGGACGAGGGCUCCUACGUGUGCGUGGCGCGGAACUACCUGGGCGAGGCGGUCAGCAGGAACGCGUCUCUGGAGGUGGCAUUGCUCCGAGACGACUUCCGGCAGAACCCCACAGACGCGGUGGUGGCGGCGGGAGAACCAGCCAUCCUGGAGUGUGUGCCCCCUAGAGGCCACCCCGAGCCCACCAUCUACUGGAGGAAAGACAAGAGCCGCAUCGACGACAAGGACGACCGAAUCACCAUCCGAGGAGGGAAGCUGAUGAUCUCCAACAGCAGGAAGAGCGACGCGGGCAUGUACAUCUGUGUGGCCACCAACAUGGUGGGCGAGAGGGACAGUGAGACGGCACAGGUCACUGUGUUUGAGCGUCCCACCUUCCUGAAGAGGCCCAUAAACCAGGUGGUGCUGGAGGAGGAGUCAGUGGAGUUCAGGUGUUUGGUCCAGGGAGACCCUCAGCCCAACGUCAGGUGGAGGAAGGACGAUGUGGAUGUGCCCCGCGGGAGGUAUGAGAUCAAGUACGACAAAGACGACUAUGUGCUGAAGGUGAAGAGGGCGUCGAUCGGGGACGAGGGCGUGUUCAGCUGCGUGGCCGAGAACAGAGUGGGCAAACUGGAGGCAGCGGCUACGCUCACUGUCCGAGCUCGACCCGUGGCCGCCCCCCAGUUCGUGGUUCGUCCCCGGGACCAGAUCGUGGCUCAGGGACGCACCGCCACCUUCCCCUGCGAGACCAAAGGGAACCCCCAACCCGCCGUGUUCUGGCAGAAGGAGGGCAGCCAGAACCUGCUCUUCCCAAACCAGCCUCCUCAGCCCAACAGUCGUUUCUCGGUGUCUCCCGGAGGAGACCUGACCAUCUCCAGUGUCCAGCGCUCGGACGCGGGCUUCUACAUCUGCCAGGCCCUCACCGUGGCGGGGUCCAUCCUGGCCAAGGCCCAGCUGGAGGUCACAGACGUGCUGACAGACCGGCCCCCUCCCGUGAUCCGCCAGGGCCCGUCUAACCAGAGCGUGCCCCGGGACAGUGUGGCCCUGCUGCGGUGCCAGGCGUCCGGAGAGCCCGUCCCCUCCGUGAGCUGGCUCAAGGACGGGCUCAGUCUGCUGGGCAAAGACCCCCGCAUGUCCCUGCAGGAGCUGGGCAGUCUGCAGAUCAAGAACGUCAAGGUCUCUGACUCUGGCAUCUACACCUGCGUGGCCACCAGCUCCAGUGGAGAGACAUCCUGGAGCGCCUUCCUGGAGGUCAAAGAGUCUGCCGGGGCCGUGGUGGUGAAGGGCCCGGAGGAGCCGGACCUGCCCGGACCCCCGUCCAAACCUCAGGUCACUGAUGUCACCAAGAACAGUGUGUCCCUGUCCUGGCAGGCAGGGACCUCCACCGCUGCACCUGUCAUCUCCUACGUCAUCGAGGCUUUCAGUCAGUCGGUGAGUAACAGUUGGCAGACCGUAGCAGAGCACGUGAAGACCCCUCACUUCACCGUGAAGGGGCUGCGUCCAAACACCAUCUACCUGUUCAUGGUGCGAGCAGUCAGCAGCCAGGGCGUGAGCGACCCCAGCCCCAUGUCCGAGCCCGUCAGGACGCAAGACAUCAGCCCUCCAUCUCAGGGUGUAGACCACAGGCACGUGCAGAAGGAGCUGGGCGAGGUCCUGGUGAAGCUCCAUAACCCUGUGGUCCUCAGCCCCACCUCCAUCCAGGCCACGUGGACGGUGGACCGUCAGUCUCAGUUCAUCCAGGGGUACCGGGUGCUGUACCGGCAGGCGUCGGGGCUGCCCGCUCCGGGGCCCUGGCAGACUGUGGAGGUGAAGGUGUCCUCUGAGCGCAGCGUGGUGCUCACUGGGCUCAAGAAGGGCAUCGCCUACGAGAUCAAGGCCCGGCCGUACUUCAACGAGUUCCAGGGCAUGGACAGUGAACCCCGGACGGCACGCACCACAGAGGAGGCCCCCAGUGCCCCUCCUCAACAGGUCACCGUCCUGACCGUGGGCAGUCAGAACAGCACCUCCAUCAGCAUCUCCUGGGACCCCCCUCCUCCAGACCACCAGAACGGCAUCAUCCAGGAGUACAAGAUCUGGUGCCUGGGCAACGAGACGCGCUUCCACGUGAACAAGACGGUGGACGCCGCCAUCCGCUCGGUGGUGGUGGGUGGGCUGCAGAUGGGCGUGGUCUACAGGGUGGAGGUGGCGGCCAGCACCAGCGCAGGGGUGGGGGUCAGGAGCGAGGCCCAGACCAUCGUCAUAGGUAAAGAGUUCCGGGACGUGUUCAUCCAUGGUAACCGUAACAACAGCAUCACGGAGCAGAUCACAGAUGUGGUGAAGCAGCCGGCCUUCAUCGCGGGCAUCGGAGGGGCGUGCUGGGUCAUCCUCAUGGGCUUCAGCAUCUGGCUCUACUGGAGGAGGAAGAAGAGGAAGGGCAUGAGCAACUACGCAGUCCAGUCCUUCACGUUCACCCCUGCAGUGACAUUCCAAAGAGUGGAUGGAGGGCUCAUGAGCAACGGGAGUCGUCCAGGCCUGCUCUCCUCCUCUGACCCCUCGUACCCCUGGUUAGCAGACUCUUGGCCGGCCCCCAGUCUUCCAGUGACCAGCAACUCUGGAGGCCCCAACGAGCUCAGCAACUUUGGACGCUCAGACCACUCCAGUGCCCAGGAGAAGAGCGCCACCAUGCUGUCAGACGGAGCCAUCUACAGCUCCAUAGACUUCACCAGCAAAACCAGCUACAACAGCCCCAGCCAGACCUCCCAGGCCACCCCCUACGCCACCACCCAGAUCCUCCAUUCCUCCAGCAUCCACGAGCUGUCCGUGGAGCUGCCCGACCCCCAGUGGAAGGCCUCUCUUCAGGCCAAGCACGAGAUGGCCAGCCUGGGCUACUCCCUGCCAGAGAAGGGCUCCUGCAACAACACCCUCCUUUUCAUCCCUGAUCACCGAUUGGCCGAGGGACUGUCUAACAGAAUCCCACACAACCAAUCGCAGGACUUCAGCUCGGGCAGCUCAGAGCGCAGCAGCCUAUCAGGUGGGAAAGGCGGUAAAAAGAAGAAGACAAAGGGCGGGUCCAAACAGACCAAAGCCAACGGCGCUAACUGGGCUAACGUCCCCCUGCCCCCGCCUCCCGUGCACCCCCUCCCCGGGACAGACAUGGACCACUACCCCGGAGACCUCCACGAAACAGGAGGCUAUGACAGUGACGGCUGGGGCCCCCCGAUGCCCGUGCAGACCUACCUGCACCAGGGCAUGGAGGACGAGCUGGAGGAGGAGGAGGAGAGGGUGCCCACUCCGCCCAUCAGAGGGGUGGCCUCGUCCCCGGCCGCGGUCUCCUUCGGCCAGCAGUCCACCGCCACCCUCACCCCCUCCCCCCGCGACGAGAUGCAGCCCAUGCUCCAGGCGCACCUGGACGAGCUCACCCGGGCAUACCAGAUGGACAUGGCCAAGCAGACAUGGCACAUGCAGGGCGGCUCGCUCCCUCCCCAGGCCCCUGCUCCUCCGGUGGGGUACGUGUCCAGCACCAUGGUGUCCGGGCUAGAGACAGACCUGCCCGACGACGAAGAGGAGGACGAGGACGAGGAGGACGAAGGCUACGGGGCCAGACUCCCCCGUGGUCUGGAGCACACCCCUGGAUCCAGCAUGGACAACCUGGACAGCUCCCUCACAGGCUCCAUGCUCAACGGCUGGGGGUCGGCCUCAGAGGAGGAGGGGCCCUUCUCCAGCCACAGGUCCAGUCUGGGCAGCUCCUCCGACGGCUCCAUCUUCACCCACUGCUCCUUCACCCAGGCCCUGGUGGUGGCAGCCGACCGGGCGGGCUACAGGCUGGAGGGCACGAGCCUGAGCAAGAGAGGUAAAGCCCUGUCCCACCGGCCGAGGCCCAGCAGCCCCUUCUCCACAGACGGCAGCACAGGGGGCUCCCACAGCCUGGGGCACCCGAGGGCCCCCCGAGCCCAACGCAAAGGCCGCACCCCAGGGACCACGCCCCACCGGAGGGACCCUGCAGCAGACGACCUACCUCCUCCUCCAGAGCCCCCUCCCUGUCAGGGCCAGGGCCGGAUCCAGGGGGCCCGCAGCGUGGGCAGCGUGGCGGCCCCCGGAGAAAGGAAGGCGUCCUCAUUGGAGCGGCCCCCCAUGUCCGGGCCCCCCCUGUCCGGGCCCCUAGAGCACCACAGGCAGGUCCAGGAGAGGCUCGGCUCCAUGGAGCGCUCCGAGGACCCCCGCAGGGCACACAAAACAGAAGAGCCGUGCGUCCCCUACAGUAAGCCCAGCUUCCCCUCCCCCGGGGCCCAUAGCUCCACCGGGACCUCCUCCUCCAAAGGCUCCACGGGACCUCGUAAGAGCGACGGACCCCGGCAGCCGCAGCAGUGGACGGCCCUGGAGCACGCCGACUUCCUGGGGGCCAACGGACAGGGACACUUCUCAGGAGAGUUAUAGUAACCUGCCAUCCAUCCCGAGCUGGAGCUGUUGUGGUGGUGUAGUUGGAGCAGCGCCCUCUGCUGUUCAUGGACUGCCUGGUGUUUGGCGUGUGCGUGGGGACAGCACACACACUGUAAAUGUGCUGUACAGACUCAUACACUCAUGUUUGUACCACACAAA